GAGUAACUUCCAAAACUAUUCAGCCUAACUGAUCCGUCACCAACUGCAGCCGCAGACCAACACUUGGUCCCCCAAUUCGCUCUCGGUUAAUUUAUGGAGCAGAUAAGAUUUUCCGGGAAAAUACCCACUUCUUCUUUCGUGGUCUACAUCGAGAUUUGGUGCCAGUGGAGGGUUUGAGCAAGAAAAAAGCCCUUGAUUUUGUGGACGUUUCCUGUGUGUUUAGGGCUAGUUUUCCAGAUGGGUUUCUAAGGGAUCUAUCUGGGUUGGAUUGAACGAAGCUUUAAUAUUUAUAGCCAUGGAGCCUCCGAGGGGGUUCCUGGCUUCUCUAUGGAACUUCAUCUGUUUCCUGCCUUACUUCAUAGGCCUUCUGCUUCUCGGCUUCAUUAAAGGUAUCGUCUUCUGCCCAUUAAUAUGUCUCAUUAUGACCGUUGGAAUCUCUGCAAUAAUUUUGAGUCUCUGGCCUAUGCACAUUUUCUGGACAAAUUAUUGCAUUUUAAGAACAAAGCUGUUUGGACCGAUUUUGAAGAUUGUACUCUGCUUAUGCGUUACUGUUCUACUGAUUGUGUGGCCAUUUGUCGGCAUUAUUGGAAGUAUUAUUGGAGGUGCAGUGUAUGGCUUUCUUGUUCCAAUAUUUAGAACUUUCAAAGCAGUUGAUGAAGGGAAGACUGAUAAAUUUUUUCACUGCCUUUAUGAUGGAACCUGGGACACUGUCAAAGAUAGCUUUACUGCCAUCCAGGAUUUUAAGGACGUGUGUUACCAUUCAUAUUUCUCAUUUAUGGAUGACCUACGGCAGCCCCAAGAGGGAAAAUAUUAUGAGAUCAGAUUGAUCUAUCUUCCAGGAGCUAUUGUAGCUGGCAUUCUUGGUUUCAUGGUUGACAUGCCAGUGAUCUCUGUUGUUGCCCUAUGCAAAAGCCCUGUCAUGUUGUUCAAGGGGUGGCAUCGUUUGUUUCACGACUGUAUUGGUCGAGAAGGCCCUUUCUUGGAGACCUUUUGUGUUCCACUAGCUGGCCUGUCCAUCCUGGUCUGGCCUGCGGCAGUUGUUGGGGCUGUAUUAGGCUCCAUGGUAUCAGCUAUCUUCUUAGGUGCUUAUGCAGCAGUGGUGGUAUAUCAGGAGUCUUCUUUGCGGUUUGGGCUUCGCUAUAUUAUUGCUUCCUUGUCCAUUUAUGAUGAAUACAGCAAUGAUAUUCUUGACAUGCGAGAAGGAUCCUGCUUUCCUAGGCCUCAGUAUCGAAAAAGAGCCGUGCCAUCUGAAGCCGGGUCUCGUUCAUCGUCAUUCUCAAGGGCCGUUUCUAUAAAAAAUCCUCUCUGUCGUACAGCCUCAAUUGCAAGUCCUAGGAUUGAAUUGAAGCCACUUGAGCUACUUGAUGACUUAUUUAAGGAGUGUCAACGACAUGGGGAAAUAAUGGUUUCCAAAGGACUAAUAAAUCUUAGGGACAUGGAAAAGACCAAUUCUAAAAAAGAUAGUGGUGGAGUCAUAAGCAUCGGCUUACCUGCUUAUUCCCUUCUCCAGACACUAAUUCGUUCUGCAAAGGCUAACUCUGCCGGUUUAUUACUAAGAGAUAAUGUUACUGAGAUAACCAGCGCGAACAGACCCAAAGAGGCCUUCUUUGAUUGGUUUUUCAAUCCACUCCUGGUCAUCAAAGACCAAAUCAAAGCCCAUAACCUUUCUGAGGUUGAAGAGGACUACCUAGGGAUUUUAGUUCUGCUGGGUGGGGAUCCUGAGCGGAUGAAAAGCUCAACUAUUGAUUUUGCACCUGAUUCUGAACGUAAGCGAGCUGAACUUGAUGCACUUGCCCGAAGGCUUCGAGGGAUUAUCAAAUCUUUCUCUAGGUAUCCAACAUUCAGGCGUCGGUUUGAUGAUAGCGUAAUGACCAUAUCCGAAGAUCUUGCCAAGAAAAAUGAAGGCAGCAGAUCGAUAAACGGGCAGCAACCUGUUCAGAGGUCUAAAAGCGCCUUCUUCAUGAGGAUGUUUAGCCAUAAAUCUUUUAAAAGAACAGGCAGUCAAAAAUCUUCCCAAGAGUCUGAUGUAGUCAUUGAAAGAGAUGAAGAAAUUGCCUGAUGUUGAAAUGGUAUGCAAUUUCCUUAGCACAUAUCAAUUGUUGGAGCUGUUCAUAUUACAGGCUUUGAUGUGAGUCCUCUUUCUUUUUUCAUUUGAAUAUGGGAGAAUACACUACUAUUUGUAGAUGGAAGUUUCUUGGCUUUUUUCCGAACCAGAAAAUUAAUUCGUAAUAGGAGAUGUCAUAUAUAUCAGGAAAAUCCAUUCAACCAGCACAAUCGUAGUUGUGCAUUCUUUGUGAUCUGAAGUAUGCAAAUUUGUUGUCCAACUCUGUUGACUUAUAAGAGCCUUGCAGAAGAUAAGGUCAUAGAACGAAGAAUUAAGGGCUUGGAA